CCUAUGAACGGCUGGAAAGGAUCGAUUCAGCAGAUAUUGAAAUCGACCGACGGAUUCCUAAUUGACAGUUUCACGUGAUACUGCACUGUUUCAACUUCAACGACGAUUUCAACGUUUACUCGCUGCUCUUACAAAAUGGAAGUAAGUCAGUUGAAAAUCGAUGAAACCAUCAUCGAGAAAGCCCUUCGAAACAAGUUAUCGGAUGAAACUGUCAGAGUUUUGGAGAUUCAGCUAAACUGUAUGUCGGAAAAAGGAUUAAACUUCCUUAGUGAUCUGUAUAAAGCGCACAUCAGAUAUACAGCUUCUUCUACCAAAAAGAAAGAGGAAACGAAGUCGGAAAGAUCAAUCAGUUUGGUUAUUAAAGCCGAACCUCUGAGGAAACUGUCACGCGACAUCGUUCGUCAACAAAAUCUGUUUUUGAUCGAAUUGAAAGUUCUGCGCGACGUUCUACCCAAGAUGAAGGAAUUUGUUUAUCAUCAACUCGGUCCAAAUUUGUUAUGCAGUUUUGACGAUCCUCGCAUUCUUAUUAUGGAAAACUUAAUAAACAGAGGAUUCGUUAUGAAGGAUCGUCAGAAAGGAUUGUCGUUUGAACACUGUCGCUUAGUUAUAGAACAACUUGCGAGAUUACACGCUGGAUCUGUCGCAGUUCUCGAAAAGGAUCCACAGAUAAUCGAAUCUUUUAUAGAUACCGGCAUUGUAUCGACCAAAUGUCCGAAAGCUUUUAUACGAAUGAUGGAAGUAAGCCUUUUGCGAAUAGCUAACGAAAUACAAAAGUGGCCGAGCGAAAAAUACGCGAGUGCGGCGAAUAAGCUGAUUAAGUUGUCACAAACUAUCGGAAUCCGUUGUAUCGAAGCGUAUAAUUACGACCUGGAUGAAUUCUGCGUACUAAAUCACGGAGAUUGUUGGAUAAAUAAUCUGAUGUUUCGAGAAAACGAGACAGGCCAACCUAUCGAAGUCUUAUUGGUGGAUUAUCAGAUGGCUGUUUACACGUCUCCAGUUAUCGAUCUGUUAUACUUUUUGAACAUUUGUCCAGAAUUUGACGUAAAGUACGAUAACGAUGAUGAUUUUCUAAAACUUUAUUUGCAUACUUUGGAAGAAACUAUGAAAAAUAUCGCUUGCAAGAGAAAGCCACCCACUAUGGAACAGUUAAAAGAAGCGCUACAUAAAAGAAGAAUAUACGCUGUUUUUUCUGGAGUCGUGCUUUAUUUACGAAUGAUGGGAAGUAAAGAGGAUACCGAAGAUUUCGAGGAAUUAUUGACCAAGUUGUUAGGUGAAACUAAAAUGGACGUUUUCAGAAAUCCAGACGCGGUGAAACUGGCGCGUAAAAUGAUCCCAAUUAUGAACGAAAGAGGUUACUUCGACUAAAACAAUUUGUUUUAGUUAUUAGAAUAAGGGAAUAUUAUUUAUUUUCGAUCGCAUUCAGCGUUAUUUCGUAACGUUAUUAUGCGUAUAUAUUUUGUCGUCGUAUCUUGUAAAACGUGGUUAGAAAUACAGUGUCCCGCGAAAUUAUUUAUCACGUAAUCUCUUAUAUGAAUAUAUUACGUGCAUUAUAGAAAACAUUUUGAAAUUCUGUCCGCAAUGACACGGCUCGUUCGUUGUAAACAUACACUUUGCGAAAAAUAAGUAUACAGCGUGGAUAGAAAUCUGAAAUGUACGUUGAACGACGCAAAGAUGCUCUCGCUACAUAUUGUAGCUUAUUAAGAUAACGAAUAAUAGAAUACUCAAGUAUCUACUUUGUUACUGUCUGUGACAGUACCCUUAACUUCUAUUUACGUUUAAAGAUUCGUUUCGAGCUUUACCAGUAUGCGUAAUGGCAAUAGUCUCAGGUAGUUACAGUGCUAGCGAGAUUUCAAAAUGUUUUGUAUAAUAAAGAAAUAAAAGAUAGGGAAUGAUUCCUAGGAGAGUUCGAAUAUUUUUCUCAGCUACUAUCGUACAUAAGAAUAAAACAUGCUAUAAAAUUCCAA